AUGUGCUACAAAGGUUUAGAGAUCCUGUAUCCUGUUCUGUACUGUUCUAUUUGGAGAGAGGAGAUAACGCCAAUUCACAAAAAAGGAAGACGUGACGAAUGCUCAAACUAUAGAUGUAUAUCCGUAACCAGCACAAUGAGCAGAGUAUACGCAAAACUGCUUAGAAACAUCGUAGAAACAGAAUAUGGCCCACAAGAAAUUGAAGAGCAAGCAGGGUUUAGAGCUGGCCGAUCGUGCAUAGAUCAUAUAUUUAGUCUAACCCAACUUAAUGGAAAGAAGGUAGCAAGGAAUAGAGAGGCUCAUCUGCUUUUUGUUGACCUUUCAAAAGCAUAUGAUACAGUGCCAAUUCAAAAACUGUGGCAAGUGCUGGAGAACUCUCCAAUUAACAAUACAGCGAUCAAAGCCAUCAAACAACUAUACCACCAAGCAUUUUCCAGAAUAAAGAUUGGCAGUAACAUAUCAGAAACCUUUUAUGUGACCAAAGACCUUCGUCAGGGAUGUUGUCUAUCGCCAACUCUCUUCAAAAUCUACCUCAAUGAAGCCUUAAAGAAAUGGAGAAGAUCCUGCAGUGGAAUGGGAAUAGAACUAAAAAAUGACAUCUACUGUUCAUUUUGCAGAUAA